AUGGAGAAAGAAACUCUGGGGCUGAACAUUGUCGUGAAAGAGGAGAAGGAAGAAGAGGAUGUCACAGUAAAACAAGAAACAGGGUUUGAGGCUGUUACAGUGAAACAAGAAGAGAAAGAAGUUAAAUUGACAGAAGAUGAAGAUGCGUUCAGAGUGAAAGAGGAGGAGGGUGUCACAGUAAAAGAAGAGGAAGAGGAGAAUGCCGUUUUUGGAUUGGGAGAGGUGACUGUCACAUUGGAAGAAGAGGAGAAAGGAGAUCUGAUUAACAACAGAGAGAGACCAGACUCUCACUCUGACAGACGAAAGAAGAGUCCUUCAGGGGAACCAGAUGCAGAGACGCCCAAACCAGCGAGACGACACCACUGCUCCCAGUGUAAUUUGAGUUUUAAGUGGUUAUGGAAGCUGAAACAGCAUGAUAGGACGCACACAGGGGAGAAGCCACACCACUGCACCCAGUGUGGAAAGAGUUUUACCCUGUUAGGGAACCUGAAAAAGCAUAAAGGAAUACACACAGGAGAAAAGCCUUUCCAAUGUUCCCAGUGUGGAAAGAGAUUUUCACGAUCACAGCACCUAAAAUCACAUGAGAGGACACACACAGGGGAUAAACCACACAACUGCUCCCAGUGUGGAAAGAGUUUUACCCAGUUGGGGAGCCUGAAAAAGCAUAAAGGAAUACACACAGGAGAAAAACCUUUCCAAUGUUCCCAGUGUGGAAAGAGAUUUUCAGGAUUGCAUCACCUAAAAUCACACGAGAGGACACACACAGGGGAGAAGCCACACCAUUGUGCCCUGUGUGGAAAGGAUUUUACCCAUUUUGCCCAGUUAGGGAGCCUGAACAAACAUAAAAGAAUACACUCAGGAGAAAAGCCUUACCACUGCUCCCAGUGUGGAAAGAGUUUUACCCAGUUAGGAAACCUGAACAACCACAAUAUAAUACACACAGAAGAAAAGCCGUUCCAAUGUUCCCACUGUGGAAAGAGAUUUUCACGAUCACAGGACCUAAAAUCACAUGAAAGGACACACACAGGGGAGAAACCACACCACUGCACCCAUUGUGGAAUGCGUUUUACCCAGUUAGGAAGCCUGAACAAACAUAAGAAGAGAAUACACUCUGGAGAGAAAUCUUAACAUACUUUCCUGGACAGAGGACCUGAAAUCACAUGACAGAAUAGAGGCUGUGUACUGUGUACUUUUAUUAAAUGUUGAUAUGAAGAAUACGAUUCGGAUAUUUUAAAAUAACAAUUAUUUAAUAGAUUAGUAGAAUGUGUAUUUCUUGAUUUUAACCUAGGUAAUGUCAUGAAUGUUGUCAAAAGCAUUUUAUCAAAGCAACAUAUCUUUUAAUAUGAAUCUGAAUAUCUAGUCCUUCAUCUACAUGAUGUAUUGUUACACCAUGUAGGAGCAGUGUAGACCUAGUCUGGUCAUUAUAUACAUCUACAUGAUGUAUUGUUACACCAUGUAGGAGCAGUAUAGACCUAGUCUGUUCAUUAUAUACAUCUACAUGAUGUAUUGUUACACCAUGUAGGAGCAGUAUAGACCUAGUCUGUUCAUUAUAUACAUCUACAUGAUGUAUUGUUACACCAUGUAGGAGCAGUAUAGACCUAGUCUGUUCAUUAUAUACAUCUACAUGAUGUAUUGUUACAUGUAGGAGCAGUAUAGAUCAAGAUGCUUAUUUUGAUAUUUUCUGUUUAUUUGACUGAAUUAAUCAGAAAUUGCCUAAAUACAGAUGUGUAGCAGAUGUAAAGUUUGUUUUCAAUUGUCACUCAUAAAAAUGUUUCACUAAUC